UUUGAUUUUCAGAAAGAUGUAGAAGGCCCAAUAAUAGAAAAUAUUUCUAGAAGAUGUGGUGGUUUUCUCAGACAGCUAUCUUUAAGGGGUUGCCAGUCCAUUGCAGAUGGUUCAAUGAAAACAUUAGCUGCAUUAUGUCCAAAUGUAGAGGAUCUCAAUCUAAAUGGUUGCAAAAAAAUAACAGAUUCAACUUGCCAGGCUUUAGCAAAACAUUGUGUUAAAAUACAAAAACUUAAUUUAGAUAGUUGUGCUGCAAUCACAGACUUAUCGUUAAAGGCACUUAGUGAUGGUUGUCCUCAGUUAACACAUAUUAAUAUUAGUUGGUGUGGAAAUGUUACUGAAAAUGGUGUUGAAGCCUUGGCAAGAGGUUGUCCUAAAUUGAAAAGCUUUAUUAGCAAAGGAUGCAGACAAAUUACAUCAAAAGCAGUGGUUUGUCUUGCUAGAUUUUGUGAAGGAUUGGAAGUUGUAAAUUUGUUAGGAUGUAAUAAUAUUNCCGUUUUGGAGUUAGAUAACUGCCCUUUAAUAACCGAUGCUUCUCUAGAACAUCUCACAUCAUGCCAUAACUUACAACGUGUAGAACUUUAUGACUGCCAGCUAAUUACCAGAGUUGGAAUUAGAAGACUACGAAGUCAUUUAACCAACAUAAAGGUGCACGCUUAUUUUGCUCCAGUUACUCCUCCUCCUUCAGCAGGUGGUUCGCGCCAACGCUACUGCAGAUGUUGUAUUAUUCUUUGAGACUGCUGCCCGCACGGCUUUGAUGAUCCGUAACAAUUAUGUGUUUGAGAACACAGGGUUUUGUGCGAAAACAAAAAUGUAAUCAACGAAUAGCCUUCAAUUUUGUGUGCGCAGCCAAGUUCCUCUUGAACUUGGUUCUUUGACAUUUGAAGGUCGCAGUUUACGAUGGUAUUGCAUAAAAAAAUCAAAAAGUGUACUUACAUGAAUUUACCAGUAUCACUGAAGAAAUGUUUGUUUCUUAUGUAUCUAUUCAGACCACUAUAUUUUUAUGCAAGAAACAGAACCUGGAGAAACAUUUUUAAAAACAAAAAUGAAUAGAUAGUGGAUUUUUCUAGACUAUAGUGGCCUUUUGUAACGGUUGUGACCCAUUCCUGAUUUUUACACCCUAUUCAACCUUUUUCUUUGUGGUGUACGUAAACGUUGCUUUUUCGUUGCCGGUGUACUAUAAUAAUUGCUUAAAAUGAGGUAAAAGCAAAAUAGAUUUCUCAACAAAUAGUAUUAACUGCAAUACAAACCUUGUAAUCGUAAAGUAUAAAAGAAUAUUAAUGUAAACAUCAAUUUAUUUAAUUCAUAAUCUGACACUGUCGUUAUUUAUAGUAUGUGUAUGAGAAUUAGUAAGUAACCUCUUUUUUGUAUCAUUUUCCUUUUCAUAUGAGGCAGUAUUUAAUUUUAAUUUACUGAAAGCUUCUAAAAGCUCAUGAUUUAAAUGUUUGUUUUUAAUUUAUGAUGUAAAGAUUUUGCUAAAUACCACACACUCUUGUAUAUUUACGAUUUCAAAGCUGCAACAAGUUUGUUAAUAUAAUGUACAUAUAUAUUCGUGAAUUUAAUUUAAAUCAAAAAUUGAUGAUUAGCUACUAAAUCGUUACAGUAUUACACAUUUAGUUGCUACCAUUAAUUAUUUAUAUUUAUAUACUUUCGGAUAAAUAAUUGUGAUAAAAACUGCUUUUGUUUCUCAUACUGAAAUAAAAAUAA